GUUAGCGUCUUUAUUGUAACAUGUUCCCCUUUUAGUUCUCCCUCGUGUGUGAUGCUUUUUAUGUGGGGAGCUGCGUCCUCCCUGUAUCUGUAGUGUGUGUGUGUGUGUCUACUUGACCUGCCCUGUUUGCUCUGUGUCGGUGUCUACACUCGUUCUCUGCUGAUAAACCUUUUGAUUGGACAACUGUGUGUCGCUAUCAAGUCGUUACAAUAGGGUACAUCAGACAUACAGCUUGUCAUGUUAUUCUUCAUGACUAGCAAAAGUGGGCUGGUAUUUUGACACCGGUCUGCGCGCAACAAAGGAAGCUGGGUAAACAUCAGGGGUAAAAAACGAAAGUGAAAGAGAAGUGUUGCUCAAUAGGUUCUUGUUGAAUCGUGUUCGUUAGCACUUCAGUAAAAUGGCAGAGGCAAUGUCAAAUAACGAGGACCUUUUAAUGUGUCCUAUUUGUUUGGAUCUGCUGAAGGAUCCAGUGACUCUUCAUUGUGGACACAACUACUGUAUCAGCUGCAUUAAAGGCUGCUGGGAUCAGGAAGAUCAGAAGGUUAGACCAGGCGUUUAUAGCUGCCCACAAUGCAGACAGACAUUCACUCCGAGACCCGUUUUAAACAAAAAUAAUGUUGUCGCAGAGCUAGUGGAACAACUAAGGAAGACUAGAAUCCAGGCUGCCCCUCCUGCUUUAUCUACUGCUGGACCGGGAGAUGUGGAGUGUGAUAUCUGCGCUGGGAGAAAACUCAAAGCUGCGAAGUCCUGUCUGGAUUGUCUGUUGUCUUACUGUGAAACUCACUUCAAAGCUCACAAUGAACUUCACCCAGGAAGAAACCACUCAGUGAUUGAUGCCACAGGCCAGCUACAGGAGAGGAUCUGCUCCCGUCAUAAGAAGGUUUUUGAAAUAUUUUGUCGUACUGAUCAGAGUUUUAUCUGCUAUCCGUGCACGAUGGACGAACAUAAAGGCCAUGACACAGUCACAGCUGCUGCAGAAUGGGAAAACAAACAGAAGCAGUUGGGGCAGACCCAGAGGAGAUUCCAGCAGAGAAUCCAGGAGAGAGAGAAGGAGCUGCAGGAGCUGAGGAAGGCUGUGGAGACUCUCAAGAGCUCUGCACAGACAGCAGUGGAGGACAGUGAGAGGAUCUUCACUGAGAUGAUCCGCUCCAUUGAGAGAAGGCGCUCUGAGGUGACAGAGCUGAUCAGAGUUCAGGAGAAGGCUGAGGUGAGUCGGGUUGAAGGACUCCUGAAGCGACUGGAGCAGGAGAUUGCUGAGCUGAAGAGGAGAGAUGCUGAACUGGAGCAGCUUUCACACACAGAGGAUCACAUCCAUUUCCUCAAGAAUGUUGUGUCGGUCACUGGUGCUCCUUGCAGUACAGUUUUAGCCAACAUGACAUUCAGCCAGAGUUUCUCUUUUGAGGCUGUGAAGGAAUCUGUCUCUGCAGUGAAGGUGCAGCUGGAGGAGAAACUGGAUGGCAUUUUCAAGCAGGAAGUAGACAAAAUAUCUGCAGCAGUGGCACAUAUCCAGAUCAUCCAGUCUUUAGAAUAUACUGAUUCUAAACUCCCAGUCAGAAGAACAAACAGUAAGGAGAAACUGCCACCAAACAUGUCUGAUGUCCAGGUUGUUUUCCUGAACCAGUGACCAGAGAGGAGCUCUUGCAGUAUAUCUGUCACUUCACACUGGAUCCAAACACAGCACACAGACAACUCCAUCUGUCUGAGGGGAACAGGAGGGUGGACUGGAGUGUAGCUGGG